AUGGACUACAUAGAUCAAGCCUACAACAUAGACUACACCAGAACAGUUCAAUCGAAGGUGAAAUCGAGAGACCUUGUGUGGUACUUCUUUUCUCGUAGGGGUUCGAAUGGGGACAUACAGAACAGGAGAACGAGUUCUGGAUUCUGGAAGAUAACUGGGGAUCCUGAAGAAGUUAAAGAUCAGUGGGGAACUUGGUGUGGAGUUAAAGGUAAGAUUGGUUACAAAAGGGUUUUGGUGUUCUGCAGGGAAAGAAGCUCGAGCUCCCAGAGCAUCAAAUCUGAUUGGUUAUGCACGAGUAUCACUACACUCUCUUACCAGAAGAUCAGACUGGAAUAUAAGGGUCACGACAUGAACAUUCUGUCUGCUAACCCAACAUAUCCCAUUCCAACUUUUGUCCCCAAUGCCACUGUUACGAGUAACCUCUCAAAGUGUAAAUAA